AUGGAGUCACAGUCUGAGCGGUCCCGUCGUUUACGGCAAGCUACAGGAACGCCGCCGUCAAUAUCUGCACUGACAAAGGAACACUCUCGUAUUGGAGUUCGACGCAGCAAGAAUACGGGCUCUUCCCCCAGCGCGUGGAUAUUCAUGCUCUGUUUCGGUGGUUGCUUAAUUCUGCUACUUCACUCUACACAGCAGCUUCCGUCUUCGUCCACCUACUACGAACCUUUAGAAUCAAUGCUGCCUUCAUUGCAGUCCACCGUCGGCUGGGACGAACAAAACCCGUUGGCCAUCCCCAAGGGCCAGGCUCCAAUUCUACCAUCGCUACGCACCAAUGGUGUCGACAACCAGCGGAAAGGGUACGGUGGACACGGAGACCAGAAGCACCUCGGUGGAUUUACGGAAUACGACGGCAUGGGCGUCAGUCCUCACACUUGGAAACACAUGAUCCAAGACUACGGGGUGCAUUCGCUUUUGGAUGUGGGAUGCGGACGCGGUACCUCCACGGCGUGGUUUCUCAUGCACGGCGUCGAUGUUCUGUGUGUAGAAGGGUCACACGACGCGAUCGAACGGUCCGUACUUCCGGAUCCCGCAACCCUAGUGGUGGAACACGACUUUUCGCGAGGACCUUGGUGGCCCGCCAAGACCUACGAUGCUGCCUGGGCCGUCGAGUUUCUGGAACACGUCAACGUCCAGUAUCAUUUCAACUACGUUACGGCCUUCCGCAAGGCGGCACUGAUUUUUGUUUCCACUUCUCAGUGGGGAGGCUGGCAUCAUGUCGAAGUACAUGGAGACGAGUGGUGGAUUCGAAAGUAUGAAGCCUACGGGUUCAAAUACGAUGCAAGCCUUACCACGCAAGUCCGGAAAUGGGCCAGAGAAGAAAAAUCUUGGGCGAACAACACCGGUCCAGACGGAAAGCCCCACAAUGCUCAGCAUAUUUGGCUGUCUAUGAAAGUGUUUGUAAAUCCCAUUGUCGCGGCUCUUCCGCAGCAUGCUCAUUUGUUUCCGGAGGACGGCUGUUUUCUGCGAAGGGGCGACGAUGGGGAAAUCCUUCACAAGGAAUGCGGAACUGGCAAAGAUGCAGGAUUGGAGACACCAUUGGCGCAGGGAUUUCGUCCCCUCGCUCUGAAUCCCGCGAUGGACCAGAGAUGGCUACGGCACAUUCAAAAGCAUGCCUCUCGUCUUCAUGAGGGGAAAGAGAAGGAUGAAGCCAGUCCUGAUGAUGACGAGACAAGCGCCAUACAAAGUGAGCCGACCAGGCCGGCAGAUUUGCUCCGAAAAAUUGAUGAGAAAAACAUUACUGAUAUACUUCCACUUCAUGUCGUCGCGUGGCCGUACUUGGAACACGGCAUCAGGACGGCUGAACAUCAGCACAUCGAGGAAAACGGUAUUAGCGAGUCGUCGUAUUUGAGGCUUAGCGAAGAUAUGUUGGAUUUUCAUCCCAACGUUGUUUGGCUUGGGGACAUUGGUUGGGGCUUUCCUUGGAAAGAAUGGUGUCAGGAAUACACCAAACACAUCAAAAAGGCCAAAAAUAUGCGGCGCGAGAAAGGGCUGCCGGAGCAGUGGCCAAUCUUCAUUGCCGCCUUCACCGAUGGACCAUCUCUACCGAGAUGCCAAAAUGUAGAAGCUGAGGUUGGUAAAGCGAACGUUCGCUACACAAGUCGGUCAAUAGUGCACAAUCGGCGCUGGAAUGAAGCAAAGAAAUGGGUGGAAACGGGCGAAAAGUUGAAUAUGAUGAAGAGCGGUAUCAUCUACCGGCACACGCCUCUGGUUGUUCGAACUGAUACGGUGAAGUUUUUGGAAGAAGCCCUGCGGAAGCGCAACAUGACGCUGGCUGAUCCUAUAGAGCGUUUGCAACGCGACGUAGAUGUAGCUCAUUACUGGCCUCAUCAAAGAGACCUAGACAAGGUUGGUACAGUUGGAUCGCUUUUACGCCAGGAGAUCAGUAAGCUUCUUUUUGCUUUUGGGAAAAAUACAAAUUUUAACGUUUUUGUUGGACUGAAGGGCGAAGCGGUUCGCAAAGGUCGUCGUGGUGUCGCAUCUGAUUAUAUUGAGUCCUUGUUGGAGACCAAGAUUGUUGUUGUCUCACAAAGGGAUCGAUGGGAAGACCACUACCGACUUAUGGAAGCUCUGGUUGGUGGCGCUUUGGUUUUGACGGAUCGCGUUCUGGGAAUGCCGGCAGGUCUAGAGAAUGGCACUUCGGUUGUUGAAUAUGAGAGCGCGGAUAGUUUAUUGUCUUUGAUCCAGUACUACCUUACGCACACGGAAGAGCGGCUCUCCAUUGCCCGCAAAGGAAGGGAAGCUGCAAUGAAGAAACACAGAACAUGGCAUCGUAUCGAAGAGAUCAUUUUUGGCGAGAGCUUGUCGGAUUGUAGGUUUCAAGGCUUGGAUAGCCCUUGUCCGUAUGUUGUGCAUGGCGUCGAGUCAAAGCGCUGA